CGGUGGCGUGACGUUCACUGACCACAAGAUCGAUAUCCUCUUCCACCACGACUUUGUUCGUUCGCAAGGUUCAACAAUAAUAAGCCCAAAAAGUUCCUUUCUACGUGAUGGAACUUGAGCUGGCGCACGAUGCACCAGACGGCCCCGAGACUACCGGUUUUGUCAUGGAGUUAUUGACAUUGCCUACGGAACUCAUCCUUCAUAUUCUUUCGUUCCUAUCAGCCCAAGAUAUCACCCACUUCUCUUCAACAAGCCGAACUUCACAUGUUCUCGUAGCAAGUUCACCAACACUAUCCUAUAAACUACAGCUUUACCUGUGCAAAGCUGAGGAUAACCCAAAGAACCGUCUCGCACACAGAGAGAAACUGAAAUUGCUCAGAAAGCAAACACAUUCAUGGUUACAUUGCGAGCCCAACUUUUCUAUCACAGUACCUGUCACGUUCGACGAAGGCAGCAUCUACGAUCUCUCGGGCGGAGCUUAUUUUCUAGGACAAGUGGAGAGAAGGACGUUGAGAUACAUCGACCUGCCGACGGAAUCCAAUGAAAGGAUUGACUGGAAGGUUUUCAAGCCGACGAAGAAUCAGGAGGAGGUGAUCAUAGAUUUCACGGUCAAUCGUUACGAGCAUGAUAUGAUUUGCUUGAUUACCGGGAACAGAUUCGCCAUAGGGCCAUUGGGUGUGGUUUAUCUCAAGCUUUCUAUCUAUCAAUUUUCGACCGGGAACUACCACCCUCUUGCGAAAGAACCUGUACAGACCAUCGUCGGCCCAGAAAGUGAUUGGGGCACUCCUGCAGUAUAUUGCGAGAUAGCUGGGGAUAUCAUCGUGCUCGUAACGAACUUCAGGAUAGGCGUGACUAGUCCAUCCGUGACGGUAUAUCAUUGGAAGACAGGGAAAGUGUUAUUGCGACUUACCGGCACAGAAACAUACGAAGGUGUAGUGUUCUUGAACGAGAACACUAUACUUCUUCCUAAAAUCUCCGACGACGUACUCGAAAUUUGGAAAAUACCAGAUCUGGACGAGCCUUCCCCAGAUUUUCCCAUCCGUUCCCUUCACCUCUUCGACACCGCACCCAACUGCAGCAUCCAGUACAUAUCCUGUCGAGCUGACCCGAAUCCCAGAGCUCCCGACACCCUCUUGAAUUCUGAUAGACCAUUCCAUUCAUGUGCAGACGAUGCUAUCGUCCUCUUACAUAUAUGGGUUCGGAGAGGCAUGUUGGAUGCUACACUAGUUACAUUGAUAGUUCACCGGAAGGCCUUGCUCGAGUUGUCAUCACAAUCGCAAACACAGUUUGACUUUGCCGAUCUAGUCCCCGCUGCUGCUACUCCAUGGUCUGAAUGGGCACCUGCUAUCGUUCUUUGCUUCGAUGCUGGUGGUAGUGUGUCGUCAAGAUGGAUAACGGAGGCAUGUGCUCAGCGCUUCGUGUACCUGCAGGGAGAUUCCGAAGAGGAGGGCGAGGAAGAAAGACCUCCAGCGACUUUGGUGAUUCUUGAUUUUGAUCCGGACAAGAUCAAGGAGGUGGAAAAGGAGAUGGAGAUGGAUGGUGAUAAACAGCGGCGGGAUCGGGAUAUGUAUGGGCCUGUUGUCAGAAAAGGUCCACAUAGAUUCCCUCAACUGGAGCACAGGUUGUUUUCUGAGGAAGUUGUUUCGUAUCUGCCGUAUGUGGAAAGUCGGACGAAGGAGAAAUAUAUUUUUGACGGUGUGAUGUUGGAUCAGGAAAGGACGGUUGGUCUUAAGACUGACCGGACGACAGAGCAAACAUUUGUUAGUGUGCUUCAUUUCGGUUGAGUGUAUAGUACAAGAUGCGGAAAGGUGUAUCAUUAAUGGUUGUCUGAUUGUACUUAAUAUUCUCGUUGUUAAACAGGUAUGCGAAUAUACAUCUUGUCUAUACC